AAAUCUCAAAUCUUAGAAAGUGGGGAGACGGCCGCUAGGGUUGGCCGCUAGGGUUCAUCUCUCUAGAGAGAAGAGAGAUGAGAUAUUACUUCCUGCUCAUUAAUCCGACAAAGGGACUUAAAUAUUUAAAUUAUUACAUGAAAAUAUGUGUGAAAACUGUCUCAAUUUCUACCGUCACUCCCGUAACCACCUUCCUGAUCACUACCGCCUCUCCGGUGAUCACUGUCCCGGUUAACCAAUAUUAAUUAUAAUAAGAUUUUGAAAUAUGAAAUCAAAAUAAUAUUCAGGGAAAUAUGACGUGGUUAAAUUUUAUAGCAGUACAUUUUUGCGAGCUACUCAUUGCUUCAAGCAAGCAUAAAAUCAGAUUUGAGCGGAGAUAGAUUCCGGGUAUAUUAAUUUAUUUGCAUUCCGGUCAGACUAGUCGACUACGAUACCACCCCCCUAAGAGAAAGAUGAAUGCCGUAGGAAGGCAGAGGUCCGCCGCGGCGACGGCUCAUCAUCAGCGGCAGUACUCCGACAAUUUUUUAGAGACCUCAUCGAAUGGUAGAUGGCUUCAAUCAGCUGGUCUUCAACACCUUCAGAAUUCAAGCAACUCUAUUUCUCAAUUACAGGGUGCGAGAGUUUCUAGAGGUUCUCAGAGGAGUGGAGGAAGUGAUCUUUUUCCGGAGCCAUUGACGCCGCCGUCUGAUCCUCGGCCUGCCAGCCAGUGGAAGAAUGUGGAUGAACCUAGUGAGUUCAGUCCUGGACUCUUAGAUCUGUAUUCAGUGGAUACUGAGCUUCUUCCCGAGAUACCAGUUGCUGGCCAGAAUGGUGGUCCUUCUGCCCGUCAUUUUGCUCAAGGGAAAAGCCUUGAUGACUUGGAGUCGUAUUUUACAAAUAAUAGGCAAACCGGUAGAGUUCAUGGCUUGGCAGAUAUUAAUUUAACCAAGAGCUUUGCUGCGGAGAAAGAAAAGGCUAGCAGUGGUGCAAAGAUCAAAGUAGUGGUGCGUAAGCGGCCACUCAACAAAAAGGAAUUGGCAAAGAAUGAUGAAGAUAUCAUUGAAACACGUAACCAUGCAUUAGUAGUUCAUGAGACAAAACUUAAGGUUGACCUAACACAAUAUGUUGAGAAUCACGAGUUUGUCUUCGAUGCGGUGUUAAAUGAGGAGGUUUCAAAUGAUGAGGUAUACCGUGAAACUGUCGAACCAAUAGUUCCAAUAAUUUUCCAACGCACAAAAGCCACUUGUUUUGCGUAUGGGCAAACAGGAAGCGGGAAGACAUUUACAAUGAAACCACUGCCAUUGAAGGCAUCAAGGGACAUUUUGAAUCUCAUGCACUAUACAUACCGGAAUCAGGGUUUCCAAUUGUUUGUCAGUUUCUUUGAGAUAUAUGGAGGGAAACUCUUUGACCUUCUUAAUGAUCGGAAAAAACUCUGCAUGAGGGAGGAUGGUAAACAGCAAGUAUGUAUAGUGGGACUACAGGAGUACAGAGCUUCUGAUGUGGAGAUGAUUAAGGAGCUGAUUGACAGAGGAAGUGCAACUAGAAGUACAGGCACCACUGGUGCCAAUGAGGAAUCAUCUAGGUCACAUGCUAUACUUCAGCUUUCUAUCAAGAAGUCAGUCGAUGCAAACGAAUCCAAACCAGCCCGACUUGUUGGUAAGCUCUCUUUUAUAGACCUUGCUGGAAGUGAACGUGGCGCUGACACUACUGAUAAUGACAAACAGACCAGAAUUGAAGGAGCAGAGAUCAACAAAAGCUUGCUAGCAUUGAAGGAAUGCAUUAGAGCGCUUGACAAUGAUCAAGGUCAUAUACCCUUUAGAGGCAGUAAGCUAACUGAAGUCCUAAGGGACUCGUUUGUUGGAAACAGUCGAACUGUAAUGAUAUCCUGCAUUUCCCCGAACUCUGGAUCCUGUGAACAUACUCUCAACACAUUGCGAUAUGCAGACAGAGUGAAGAGUCUUUCGAAAGGGAACAACUCCAAGAAAGACGUGACAUCUUCAACUUUGAAUUUGAGGGAGUCAACCGUGUUACCUUCUGCAUCAACAUAUGAAGAUAAUAUGGGCAAUUCAUGGCCGGAACAAACAGAGAAAGAUGAGUGCGAGGAGGACUUCUAUGAGCAAGUCAAGCAAACAUCAUCAAGAAAGAAUUUAAAAGUCGAGACAUCCAAUGUUUCUAAUCCAGAAGAGAAAAAAAGGAGGGACCGUGACCAAACAAACAAGUGGAAGGAGCCACUUAGAACAGAACCUAAGGUUUGGAAUGAGAAUGAUGAUUUAAAUUCACUUUUAAAGGAAGAGGAAGAUCUCGUCAAUGCUCAUAGGAGACAAGUAGAAGAAACUAUGGACAUCGUAAGACAGGAGAUGAAUCUUUUAGUGGAAGCAGAUCGACCAGGAAACAAGUUAGAUGAUUACAUAAGUGGCUUGAACUCGAUCCUCUCUCAAAAGGCUGCUGCAAUCUUGGAGAUGCAAAACCGUUUAGCUCAAUUUCAAAGACACCUGCAGGAGCAUAAUGUUUUGGCAUCCUCAGACCACUAGAAGAAGAUAACUGAGAUGAUGACACAUUAGUUGGUAAUCCAGCCAGGAGACGUGGUCUUCUUCUGAGAAGGGCUGCUGUUUUAGACUUUUAGCCCCGCAUUGGGUUAUUUGUGUGUGAGGUCAUAGGCUCAAAUCUCUCAUUAAGCCCAACACCCAGAAGUGGCUUGGGCCAAGAACCAACCUUUGUGUGUAUUAUAUGAGAAAACAAAUAGUGCAUAGUUGCAUACCUUAUUGGCCACAAAAUCAAAGAAAGAUUAAUGUGUUUUUUUACUAUGAUUUAGUAACUAAUAUAUGCUUGAGAGUAGUGUCUAACAAUAUUCAAUGCCUUAAUGGUGCUGCAGUCCUCCAACCUCGUGGUUUAAGGCCACUGCUCAUAUCUGGGUCAUUGUUACAGAAAAGGAUGGUUUUCAGUGGAUUGUUCCCUGCAUGUCUAGGGUUUUAUUUUUUCAACAGCCAAAGCCACUGCUCGUUCCAUGGUUGAUCCGGAAAAAAUAUUUUGAAAGAAUCUGUCGCGACUAACAUUAAUGGCUCUCUCCUUAUGAUAUUGAUUGCACAAGGCAUGAAUCCACCACUUUUCAUAGUUAUCAAUAGUCAGCCUCCAGGCGAUA